CGCUAGAUGGCGCUAAAUACUGCAAGCAUGAUGGAGAACUUUGUAGAUGUUUUUAUUUUACUCUUCACGACAAUCGUAGCAUUUGCUGCUGGUAAUGACACGGGAGGCUCUAGUUUUCAUUACUCGGUAGAAGGCAAAGUACCAUCACUACAGGAUUACUACCCAGACUGGACCAUACGGACGAGGAUCUUAGUUAACGGCGGACAAUACGUGGGCUUUCUCAAGCACGACGGCAGUUUCCAAGUUCAGAAUCUAGCAUCGGGUUCGUACGUGUUCGAGGUCGACAAUGCCGACUUCGACUUCGAGCCCGUGCGCGUGGACAUCAACAGCAAGGGUAAGAUACGAGCGCGCAAGGUCAACUACAUACAGAGCUCGCAGGUCAACACCGUGCAGUACCCGCUCAAGUUCCGGCUGCGCGGAGUCGCCAACUACUUCCAGAAGCGCGAGACUUGGCGCAUCACCGACAUGCUGAUGAAUCCGAUGGUGCUGAUGAUGGUGGCGCCGCUGCUGCUGAUGGUCGUGCUGCCGAAGCUGACCAGCAUGCAGGAUCCAGAGUCGCAGAAGGAGAUGCAGGAUAUGCAGCAGCAGAUCCAGCAGCCUCAGAUGCCCGACAUAGCAGAAAAGCUGACCAGCCUGUUCGGCGACAGCCGGCCGAAAUCGAUUAAAGCUAAAAAGGUGAAGUGAUCCAUGAAAGUCAAGAGGAAUGCCAAAGAUGACAAGACAAAAAAGUGUCAGCCUGGCAGUGUUGAUGUACUUAUGCCGUCAUGAUCAAUUCAAAAUGUGGAUAAAAUUAGAAUUAAAAUUUUGUAACCGUUUUGACGGAAAACUAGGAAAUUUCUGUUUGGCUCAUUGCACCUGCUAUAAAAUUCAUUGCAUUUCUUAAGCAUACCACAGAGGGGGCACAUUGUGUUUUUGUAUUACACGUUAUACCAUGAACAUAUGUAUACUAGUACUACAUAAACAUGUAUGUAUAUCGAGCAUACAUACGUUCAUGGUCAUACUAUAGUAGUGCGUUAGAGAGCAUAUAGCACAUAGCUAACAAAAUGUUAUUCUUCCUAUGCAAGUUCCACUUUAUCAAUUUAUUGUGAUCGGUUUUAUAAAGUCUGCAGUCACCAAAUGUUAUAUAUUUUAAUAAAGGAAUCGUUACUUGUAAAACUAA